AUGCCUCGUCCUAAGAAGAGCUCUUCGGUCAGCAGAUCCCACCGUUCAACACUAUCUCUGUCCAAGACCGAGAUUACCAUUCAUGUCUAUGAUCUAUUACCACCCGGCCGAUUGUCGUCCAUUUUAUGGACAGUAGGCGCAUCGCUUCUUCAUUCAGGCGUUGUGAUCAACGGAAAGGAAUACGCAUACGGUGGACAUGAUAAGAGAGGCCUUACUGGUGUGUACUGGACAAAGCCUAGGACCGAACCGCCCGGAGGCACAUUCCGAUGUGAGAUCCUUCAUGGAUUUACACUUGCGACCGACCAAGAGGUUGAAUCGACACUCCGAACUGCUUCCGAAGAGUUUCUCGGUACCUCAUAUAACCUUUUGACAAAGAACUGCAACCAUUUCACAUCGUAUCUAUGCAAGAGGCUUACAGGACAGUCGGGCCCAUCAUGGUUGAAUCGUGCUGCUAGUAUUGGUGUCGCCCUACCGUGUGUAGUUCCGCGAGACUGGAUCGAGCCUCCCGAAUAUGAUACAAGCGAAGGGGCGCUCUUGGACGAUUACGACAAUUCGAAUGAGAACUCAACCAUGCUCCAGGCAACAACUCCCCAUUUGCUGACAGAAAGCAAUGAUACCAGUGACGCAGAGUGGGAUAGUGAAGAAGAGCGAAGGCGUGGCGGAAGCGGAAAAGGAAAGCAAGCGCUGCGCGACUCCGCCGGGCGCCGUUUACCUCCAGCUGAAAGGGUCUUACGGCGAUAG